UCUGUGCGUGUUGUUAGGACAUUAGUGUCAAGUCGGUGUUUGAGUUGUCGAGUGUAGCACAGUUUGAAAAGAGGAGGACAUACGUAAAGUUUGCGAAUUUAUUUAGGCAGGAGUUCGAUUUAUUUACAGACGAGAAACAUGUUUACAUACACACUUGUGUAUUUCACCGAAGGAAACAAUUAGGCGUUAUAUUAUCUGCCUUUAUAGAUCCCUGUGCAAAACAUUGAUAUUUUUCAGAAGUGAGUUGCUGCAGGUGCAGUUCUCACCUUUAGCAAGGGCAGUGCACUUUACAUGUGAUUCAAUUGAGAGCGUGUGAGUUCAGCAGUAGAAUGUCAUUGCUGUCAACUUUUUCAAUUUGGGGUUGGGUUAUACCUUAAGUUCUCCUUUAUCCUAUGGGUGUCUAGUUUUAAUACAGUGUAACAGAAGUUAUUUUUCCUCCAGGUCUUUUAGCUUGCGGGUGUGAUACAUUCUUCCAUUAGAGGAAGAGAUUUCAAGAUAUAUAAAUGGUAUCAUCCCUAAACAGCAUAGAUACCCAUAGGUUAAAGGAAAUGCACAUUUGUCCCUAACUCAGACUUGCAUGACCAGUAGAGCUUAAUAUGUGCUUGUGCAAGUGUAUAUUUGCUAAAUGACACCUAGGAAAGUUAAGUAAGAUUUGCAGUGUUUUGCUACUUUUUUCUUCAUGCUGGUGCAUUUUAUUCCUAAAAGGAACACCGGCUUAAUAAAAUCCGUAGGGGUUGGAUUCACUAUAGAGAACAAAAUUAAGCUGACCAUACAAGCCUAGACCAAGUCCCGACCAUCUGGGCAUGUCUGUUUGUCAGUCAGCAAAAAGAAAAUGAAUAGGAGCUGCACCUCUGCGUAGGGUUGCGACUUUUUCUGGAAAAAAAAUACAGGCCUUCCUAUAUAUUUUAUCUUUUUUCCCUAUUAAUAACAUUGGGAUCAACCAUCAUUUUUACCGGCCAGGCCAGUAAAAUACCUGCCAGGCGGCAGCCCUACGCUGCGGCUCCUCUAAAUUUCAAGCUGUUCGACUAAAUGAAUGGAACAAUGCAAAGAUUCAGUAUGCUAUGCAGGAGUUUACUUCAAUUUGCUAUAGGUAGUAUACCUAUUAAUGUAGCUAUAACAGAUUUAUACUACAUUUGCAAGUGCCUGUCCCAGUAACUUAUUCUCCACAAGAAGGUGAUCAAUGCGUGCUUUGACCUUUGCCUUGGACAAGUGAAAAAAUCAAUCAUGAUCGCCAGUACUGGCUCCAGUGGACUCUAUAAAGCUCCGCUGUCCAAAGGACUCUUGCUCAUCCCAAGUUUUCUCUCCAUUGUAUUGACAUUUUUGUUCCAACAUCAACAAGAAUUGUUUCUCUAUAAUAUAAAGGCAAUAAAAGAAGAUUUUCAUAUAUGGAAACUGAUAUCUGGGAGAAUUAUUUGUCUGGAUCUGAAGGACACAUUUUGCAGCAGUUUGCUAAUAUAUAAUUUUAGAACACUGGAAAGAAGAUUUGGUAGUCGAAAAUUUACAUCAUUUUUAUUGGUGACCUGGACACUCUCUGCAGUUUUCGAUUUCCUACUUGUUGAAGCGCUACAGUUUAUAUCAGGGACAACACUUACUACUUUGCCUUCUGGAUUCCUGGCUCCUGUGUUUUCCCUCUUUGUGCCAUUUUAUUGUUCCAUUCCAAGAGUACAGUUGGCUGAGAUCCUUGGUUUAUUUCCCAUCACCAACAAAACUUUAGUUUACAUUGUGGGCCUACAGCUUUUGACCUCAAGUCCAUACAUGUUGGUUGUUGCUCUAAGUGGAUUGAUUUCAGGACUCUGUUAUACAUGGGAUGUUCUGAAUGUUCGUCAGAUUCUGUGCAUUCCUCGCUGGCUUGCAGACUUUUUUUCUCGGAGACUUGAACCAAUAUUCUCAUCUGUGGAACCGGUCAGUGAGGCUCGUGUAGGUAUGGGUGCCACUGUUGACAUCCAAAGACAGCAACGAAUAGAGUUACUUGAUCAGCAGUUCAUGCUUUCCCAGUUAGAACAUCUUGGAAGACGACGACCACAGCAGGCUGGAAUGUUAAACUGGAACCGCCUUUUUCAACCCUUAAGACAUCGGAAUUUCGGAAAUCAGGCUGAACCACAAGAUCCCUCACCUGCAACUUCUGAAGAACAUGUUGCCCAGCUGAUGGAAAUGGGGUUUUCUAGAGCAGAUGUCCUCUAUGCUCUAAGGGCUUCAAACAAUGAUGUCAAUGUUGCCACCAAUUUUUUAUUGCAACGGUGAUAUUUGGUAAAACAGAAAACAAUGAUAGCGUUAUAUUAUAAGAACCUUUUCUACAUAAUGCUAGAACAAAUAUUUUUAUAAAAACCCUGCUUAUUUGUUGGUGUUGUAUAAUUCAAAUGAUUUAUAACUGGACUGUUUCACCCAUUUCAUUGUACCGUUUGUAAGAUGCCCUCUCUUUUCUUUCGUUCUUUUAAUUUAAAUUUCUAUAAAGGUUUCUCAGAAUGCUGCUCAAAAACAAUACUUACAUGAAAAACAAUGUUUUAACUGGGAUAAACAUCACAAUAAAUGCAUUUUUUUUAUAUUAAUUUGCAGUUUGUUAGAAUUAAGAGCCUUAUCAAGUAUGUGUGUAAGUCCUAUUAAGUAUGCUUUUGAUUAUUUGUUGAUUAAAUUGUACAAAUGGUGAUGGAAUUAAAACUUAUUUUCAUUUGGAUCUUAAGAGAAGGGUGCUGUUAAUACACAUCAUGAGAAAAUUACAAGCAUAAAGAUAUCUAACAAAUGCAAUUUCUAUAUAAAAACUGUUUUCAUGGUAAUUAAACUAGGAAUAAUUAAACUAAGCCUACAACAAUAAAAUUCUGAAAGAUGAUUUAAGUGAUACUAUCCUCUUUUUAAACACAUUACACCUUUCAAAACAACUUAUAGUUAAUCAAUAUAACAGUCUAAGUAUGUUUUAUCGUGUAAGAUAACCAUUUCUUUAAAAAAAAAUAAUACAUUCAUGGCAGUAUUUUAAAAAAUUUACUUUUCCAUAAUCGUAUCAUAAACCCAAGCCUCGCUUAGGGAAUAUGAGCAGUGACCUGAAAUAGUUGUGGACUUGCAGACGGUGAACAUGUCCUGUUCGUCUAGGUAGGACAAAGCAUUUUUGGACAUUAGGUUUUUUGGAUAGAGGAUCUUUCCAUUGGGUGGAGCAGUAUGGCUUAAGGCUGCUAAAAAUAUUACAGAUCCAGGCCUCACGUGCAUUAACAGGUGGCAUUACACAGAUCAAUAUGGGAAUAGGAUUAUUCUAUCCAGCCCUGUUCAGACAGAAAAUCCUGUUUGUUGGUGCCUCCAAAAUGAGAUUGUUCAUUUGGCCCAUGCACAGAAUAAAUGAAUAAUUAUACUUUGACCUUGGAGUAAUAAUUGUGCAUUAUGAGACCAUUUGGCCCAUGGCUAGAAGUUGAAUAAACUUAAAAUGCUCUUUAUCUGCAAAGGAAUUUUGAGAAAAUAUAUUUUAGUAGUCUACCCCACUGAAUCUCUUGAGUGUGACCAAGGAAUACAGCCUAGCACCGUGGUGGUGUGGGCUGGCAGAAUAUGAGCCUGCCCAGCAAGGUACAACAGAAUUUAUUAUGACAAAGCAUUUAAAGCACAGUUAAAGAGGUGGUUCACCUUUAAAUUGCAUUUUAGUAUGUUAUAGAAUGCCCCAUUCCUAAAAACUUUUCAGUUGGUCUUUAUUUAUGUUUUUUAUAGUUUUUGAAUUAUAUACCUUCCUCUUCUACAUUUUUCCAGCUUUCAAAUAGGACUCACUGACCAUGCAGCCAAAAGCCAUUGCUCUAUGGGUUUAUAAUUUAUUAUCAAUGACUGUCAUACUAAAAGUUCAUUUAAAGGUGAACAAUGCCUUAUUUGGACUUAGGUUUUCUGGAUAUGAGGUCUUUGUUUGAUGCAGUAUGACUGAAGGCCCCCGCCUAAAAAAAGUAUCAACAUUUAUAAACAUAUCAGUAUAAUUAUAUUUUAUUUAAGCUUUAUAGAGUCUUGGGUAACAUCAAGUAAAAUGUUUGUGUGCUGUAAUUGCCAUUUAGUUUUAUGUGCUGGUGUCCAUUACAUGUCAAUUGUUUGAGGAUUUUAUUGUAUCGACUGGCUUGCACUCUUGUAAAUGUUAAAUAAAGGUUUAAAUCAG